GCCGGGGCCAGUCCGGGUCCGGCGCUAGGGACGGAAGUUGCACCACAAGUACAAUUAGUUUCAGUUUUGUUUCUCUUGCAGGCAACCAGCUACAGACAACCGGGUUCAGGCCUGGGAGUCUCUCUCGCUCCUGGAGCCCAAGUUCAUCUCUGGCUAGGCGCCACUCCGCAAGCAGCAUUUACUGAAUGUGUCUCAGGAGCGGGAGGGGACUCCCCUAGCUGGACAACAAGUGGCCCAAGACCCCCAGGGACCAAAAGGACCUUCCUGGCCAGUCAGCAGAAUGGUUUCCCAGGGCUCCGCGCCCUCCCUGUUGGAGGCCCUGAGCAGCGACUUCCUGGCCUGCAAAAUUUGCCUGGAGCAGCUCCGGGCACCCAAGACACUGCCCUGCCUGCACACCUACUGCCAGGACUGCCUGGCACAGCUGGCCGAUGGCGGCCACAUCCGCUGCCCCGAGUGCCGCGAGACCGUGCCCGUGCCGCCCGCCGGCGUGGCCGCCUUUAAGACCAACUUCUUCGUCAACGGGCUCCUGGACCUGGUGAAAGCCAGGGGAGACCUGCGGGCAGGCAAGCCAGCCUGUGCCCUGUGCCCUCUGGUCGGGGGCACCAGCGCCGGGGGGCCGGCCACGGCCCGCUGCCUGGACUGCGCCGACGACCUGUGCCAAGCCUGUGCUGACGGGCACCGCUGCACCCGCCAGACCCACAGCCACCGCGUGGUGGACCUGGUGGGCUACAGGGCAGGCUGGUAUGACGAGGAGGCCCGGGAGCGCCAGGCUGCCCAGUGUCCCCAGCACCCGGGGGAGGCCCUGCGCUUCCUGUGCCAGCCCUGCUCGCAGCUGCUGUGCCGCGAGUGCCGCCUGGACCCACACCUGGACCACCCCUGCCUGCCCCUGGCCGAGGCAGUGCGCGCCCGCAGGCCAGGCCUCGAGGAGCUCCUGGCGGGCGUGGACAAAAACCUGGCGGAGCUGGAAGCCGCCCGGGCAUCGGAGAAGGAAGCGUUGGCCCGGCUGCGGGAGCAGGCGGCCAGGGUGGGGCUGCAGGUGGAGGAGGCGGCCGAGGGCGUCCUCCGGGCCCUGCUGGCCCAGAAGCAGGAGGUGCUGGGGCGGCUCCGGGCCCACGUGGAGGCUGCCGAGGAGGCUGCCUGGGAGAGGCUGGCAGAGCUGGAGAGCCGGGAGCAGGUGGCCCAGGCGGCCGCCGCCUUUGCCCGCAGGGUGCUCAGCCUGGGUCGCGAGGCCGAGAUCCUGUCGCUGGAAGGAGCCAUCGCCCAGAGGCUCCGGCAGCUACAGGACAGUCCCUGGGCCCCUGGGCCAGCCCCAUGCCUGCUGCCGCGGCUGGAGCUCCACCCUGGGCUCCUGGACAAGGACUGCCACCUGCUCCAACUCUCCUUUGAGGAGCUGCCACCCCGGGAGGAUGACGAGAGAGCAGGUGCUGACACCCAGGGAGGGGACGGAACCCAGAGCCCUAGAGAGGACCGGGCCGAGGCCCAGCCCCUGAAAGAGGAAAAAGCCCAGGCAGCCCCGGAAGAUGGAGGCUCCCAGGCUCCCAAAGAGGACACCACGGCCAAGGUGUCCCAAGCAGAGAAAGCCCAGGUGACCCCGAAGGAGGACAGAGCCCAGUCGCCCCAAGGAGACCGAGAAUCCCACAUGGAGAGGGGUGCCAGGGCCAACAAGAAGAGGAAGUUUAAGGGCAGGCUCAAGUCCAUUUCCCGGGAGCCCAGCCCCGCCCCGGGGCCCAACCUGGAAGGCACCGGCCUCCUGCCUAGACCCAUCUUCUUCUGCAGCUUCCCCACGCGCAUGCCGGGAGACCGGAGGUCCCCACGAAUCACCGGGCUCUGCCCCUUCGGCCAGCGGGAGAUCCUGGUGGCAGACGAGCAGAACAGGGCACUGAAACGCUUCUCCCUCAACGGCGACUACAAGGGCACCGUGCCUGUCCCCGAGGGCUGCUCCCCGUGCAGUGUGGCCGCCCUGCAGGGGGUGGUGGCCUUCUCUGCUGGUGCCCGGCUCUACCUUAUCAGCCCCGAAGGCGAGGUGCAGUGGCGCCGGGCGCUGAGCCUGUCCCAGGCCAGCCACGCGGUGGCUGCGCUGCCCAGCGGGGACCGGGUGGCAGUCAGUGUAGCAGGCCACGUGGAGGUGUACAACAUGGAGGGCAGCCUGGCCACCCGCUUCAUCCCCGGGGGCAGGGCCAGCCGUGGGCAGCGGGCACUGGUGUUCCUCACCGCCAGCCCCCAGGGCAACUUCGUGGGCUCAGACUGGCAGCAGAACAGCGUGGUGGUGUGCGACGGGCUGGGCCAGGUAAUCGGGGAGUACCGGGGGCCGGGCCUGCACGGCUGCCAGCCGGGCUCCCUGACCGUGGACAAGAAGGGCUACAUCUUUCUGACCCUCCGAGAAAUCAACAAGGUGGUGAUCCUUGACCCCAAGGGGUCCCUUCUUGGCGACUUCCUCACGGCCUACCACGGCCUGGAAAAGCCCCGCGUGACCACCAUGGUGGACGGCAGGUACCUGGUCGUGUCCCUCAGCAACGGGACCAUCCAUGUCUUCCGGGUUCGUUCUCCCGACAGUUAAAGAGGUCGGGGUCGGGGUCGGGGUCGGGGUCGGGGUUGGGGCCGGGGCCGGGGCUAGGGUGGGAGGGCAGGGGAGGUCAGGAGGGGAGCAGGGUGGCCCUUGGGGUGCGGUGGCCAAGGAGGGGGCCCGUUUUUGCAUAGGGCAGGGGCUGGCAGCUUUUCAAGGUGAGAUGCUUGGGGACAGGGACCAAAGCGGCGACUCAGCAGCAGGGGGAGGGGAGCGGAGCGGGGUGAGUGCUGUGUCUAGUUCAGGUUUCUGGAAUCGAUCGAUGUGUUAUUCAAAACCAUUCCUGGUGGAGUAGCCGAGGCAGAGUCCCGGGAGCUGGGCCAGGGCGUCCUGGAGCCCAGGAGGGGAGGCCAGACCAGCACAUUCGGGAAGGGAGCUGGGAACCCAGCCCCUCUCAGCCUUGCCCGGGCGCACACUGGGUAGAAGAGGCCUGAGAUGUGGAGCUGGCGGGGAAUGACCCCAUCUCCCCGGUGAAGCGCAGGUGCAGGCACCGGGGUAGGAGGCCCAGGGAAGCCGAACCCUGCAGAGUUGGGGUUCUGAGUAUGAGCAGUGGGGAGCCCGCCACGCCGUGCUGAGGGCUGUGGCGUCUCCACAGGGCAACACUUGCGUUUGGAUGGCUUUGCGUUUCCUGGAGUCUAGUUUUUAUUUCCUCUUUGUUUUCCAGCAAAAUUCCUUUUGGGAAAGGUUGGCUUUGGUUUGACCAAACUAAAGGGGAAAGGAAGGACCCCCCAGGAUCUUAGGAGCCAGGGGUGGCGUUGGGGGGAGGGGGAACCUCGCCCGCUGGGAAAGCAGUGCGGCGGGAAUGGAGCCAGUGGGAGGUGAGCCGAGACCCCCGGUCCUUUCUCUGGGCAGCGGUGGCGAUGGCCGUCGAGAGGGUGGAAUCGAAUGUUAGCAUUGGGAUGGGGAAGGAGGGGUGAGGGGCGUUUGGAGUUCAGACGCAGGCAGGGCAUCAGGGCAGGAGAGGGGGCAUCCUUGGUAGGAGGCCUGUCCUUGUUUGUGGAGACCCUGAGGGACAGCAGCACCGUCCGAGUGGACAGGCUCAGUUAGGGAAAGACGGGAGACACACGUACAGCGCAUCAUAAUGGAGAUUUCAAAAAAAAAAAAAAAAAGCCGGUGAGGAAAACUGCGCAGAAUUGAUUGGAUGAUGGAGAGCGGCGAGACUCCGAAACGUGCAGGGCCGCCCGUGGGCCGGCUGGAAAGAAACACACAUGGGCAGGCUGCAGCCAGAUGCGAGCAAAGUGAAGCCACUUGCAUUCCUCAAAAGUAAGCUUUCAAAAAUGCUGUGGAGAAAUCCGUAGGCUCUUGGCACUGUGUAACAUGAUAUGUGAGGGAGAGGAAUUUGCCAAUACUUGACAAGUGUCAAAAAAAUGUAGGAAUGCCUUAUCUCACUUUGGGGAAAUAUAUUCUGGGAAAAUAAACUCAAAAAAAGAAAGUUGCAUAGUGACAGCCAGUGACCACCUGGUAUAUUACAAGUCAGUAACUGGAAUUGCCCCAAUGUGGGGUGAUAGCUAAGUACAUUGCGGUUUUUGGGAGAAGGAGCUACUGUCUUUGUACAUGACAGUCUGAGGACUAUUUGCAAGACAUAGUUGUGUGAUGCAGUCAUAAGAAAGAGAGAGAGAGAGUGAGAAUCUGGAAUAACCAUCACACUGUGAUAACAGGGUAAAAGUAUGUCUGACUCGUGGCGGAGUGGAAGCAGGUUCCGGCUCUGUACAUAGUGAUUAGGGGGGGAUUGGGGCCCUUUGGAGUUCUUUAGUGCUUUGAUUCAGACCUGCAUAUUUCUACCGCAGUGAUGAUUAGCCACGGGGUAAUGUACAUGCUCCAAUAUUUAUGAAAAUGCACCUCUUUAACACCAUUCGGGAGUAGCUAUUGGAGUUGGGAGUCAAUGUGUCCGUUAGCACAAAUGGCAUUGCCCUUUCUGAGAGGAGACGGGGGGCCUGGGGAAGGCAGUCCCAGCUGGGCGGGGCUCUGCAGGUAGGCAAGGGCUUGUGUGGGUAGGGCCGUGUGGUCCCCUGGUGCGGGACCCCCAGAAGGCAGGGGGAAUCACGUUGAUGUUGGACCACUGGGAACCAAGGGCUGGUUCUGCAAAGCCGACGUGCCUAGGACUAGGUUGCAUGAGGCUGGGGACCAUGUCUGUUUUUGUUGCAACUCUCUCCCUGCAGAGCUGGCUUAGUGGUAGCUCAUGGCAGGAAUUUAGCAAAUGCCUGUGAACUGAGUUAGUAUCAGGAACAGGACGAGACGGUGGUAGGAGCUAGCCUGUCUCAGCCGCCAUUGUCCCAGCCAGCCAAGUGGUCCAAAACCUCAGCUUGUGGCGAUGUGGACAUGGUCUACCAGUUGCCCCCCGACCCGGGGCUCCACACCAGAGAGGUGAGAUUGGGGUGUAUUGGGGGGAGACAUGGCCUGUGGGGGCCAUGCACCGUUGGGUUGGGGCAGCAGGUCGCCAGAGCUGUGUAGGAACCAUGGGCAGAGGGCCUGGCUGGGGAAAUGGCUCCAGCCGCGUGGCCCAGCCAAGAAACAAAGCAGUAGCAAAGAUCUUCAGGAAUGAGGUGUCGCCUGGGUGCAGGAGAAGUGCGCAGGUGGGGCAGCCAGGGGGCCUCCCGGGGCGUGCUGGGAGAUGAGGGAAAUCCCAAAUGUUCUUCCUAAUGAGGUAGGAAGGCCCAGAACCCUGGUAAUAUGGGAAAGGUAGCUGGUAGUGUCGAGCCAGCACCUUAACCGUGACCUGCGACUCCUGGUGAAUCCCACAGGAAGUGCCGCCCGGCACCGAGGGAGACGUCCCGGGUUAAGCCACAGGUGUUAAGAAAUCUGGAAAGACACAAGCCCUCCCCUACCCCACGGGGGACAAUGACAAGUCCAGGUUGGGCAGGGCCUGGUGGAAGGAGCAUGUCCCUGGGGUAGGGAGGAAGGGAAUGGAAAAACCUCUUUCCUAGUCUUUGUGUGGAAAAGCAGGAAACGAGGAAGGUAGCAGAGACCUGGGUUGCAUGCUGGCUCUUUCCUUUAUCCCUUAACCCCCUCUGAGCCUCCCCGUGUGCGUCUGUGACAUGGGAAUAAUUAGUAUCCACCAGGCCUGCCCUCCAUCCCUGUGAGCUCGAGUGGGGCUGUCAAGUGUGCGCUACUUGGAAACCUCCCUGCAGCCACCUGCAGGAGCCACAGGCAAGGACACGAUGGGCAUUGCAGAAACAGAAGGGACCAAGGGCCAGCUUGCCGGGACUCAAUGCCAUUCCUAGAAGCCAGCUGAGAGUCAGACGACUAAUUCAGGACCAAGAACUCUAGCUUUUAGAAAAAAAAAAUUAAAAUGGCAAGCGAGGCCCAAGCUUUUGAUAGUUCUGAGAAGCAGUUUUCAGGAGGGAAUAGCUCUCCUUUCACUCGUCUUAUUAUUACUGUGUCUGUGACGUCAUAGCCUAAAUCUACAGAGAUAAAAUUCCACAGAGGCGGAAGUCCGAGAGAGAAGCCAGAAGCCUUCAGGGGAAAUGGGUGCGCUUGAUGACCUUUGUGGAUUUGAUUUGUCUCUUCCCUAGCGGGCCGGCUGGGAACAUGAGAUGGAGGUACAGGCUUCUGUGUUGGGGAGGAAGCCGUGUUGGACCAGCUGGGGCAGGCAGCACACAGGGAGAUGCUCUCUCCAGGGGAGAGCCACGUCCGGGUGCAGGCUUGGGACAACAGGUAACUUGGGAGCAGGUGUCGGAUCCAGCCCGCCCAGCGGGCUCAUGACUACAGUUUAAUUAAACGGAUCAGGAUGGGACCGAAGAAAUAGGUUUGCUAGGGAAGAUGCCAGAGGGCGUGCAAGACCUCACCCGAGGGCUGGGUGAGGAAUCUUGGGGACUAGAGAGGGGGCCUGGGCAGAAAGAGAGGAGAGGGAGGCUUGCGGACAACCUGGCCGACCGAGGCUUGGUCACCGGUGUGUUCGUGGCGUCCGCCCAGCCCGCCUCUCUGGUUGCCAUGGGGAAGCUGUGAGCUGUGAAUGUAUCUCUUUGUAUUUUACAUCUUUCCUCUGUUUCUGAAUAAAGCUCUUUUUGGAAACGUCA